GAUAAGGCACGCUCGGGAAGAUUUGUGGUGGACUUGAAGUUGGAUUUGGCUUAGCUUAAGUGUCAUGACGAGGAUGAAUCAAGCGGCAGCUCUUAAGAGAAAAGUUCCAAAUCCAAACAAAGCUCAAAGUCCAAUGAAGAAUAUAGGUUUCGAUUUCCAAUACUGAUCAAGUGCCGAACUAGCCAAAAAAUUUCAGAUUAAGAGAGAAAAGCUUGCAAGUGAUUGCAACGAUAAAGCUGCUAAAGAGCAGACAAUACUUGGAGUUAAAAGGAAAAAUUAUAUGCCUGCAACAUUAGAAGGACAAAGUAGACAGAGGUUAACUCAAUCGGAUGUGUCAGUUCAAAAGUUAGGAAGGAAUAGAUUACCGGUGUACAAAUCAAUCCAAUCGUCUUCAAGGGAAGAUCUGAACACUUCACAUAAUAUUGAAGUAAAGGACAAAUUAAAUAAAGGUCAAUACAAUUGGAGGAGCCCAUUCAAAAGCAAGGAAUGAGUAAAUUACCUGUGCCCACAUCCAUGAUCCAAUCAUCUGCAAAGGUAGAUCCUAAUACUUUACAUAUGAUUAGAAGAACACAAGGUGAAGGAGAGAAACAACUUGAUAUUCAAGAGCUACAAAAUUGCAAAAAGGUAAAGACAAACUCAGUCUUACCGUCAACGAGUGUUAAUCAGUUUCUAAAAAAAUAUGGGAUACAAGUCGGUGGAGAAAAACAUCAUGAUAAUCACCCAGAAAAUGAAGUCAGAUUUAUGUCCUCUCCUAUUAUUGAUGAGCGUGAAAUAGAAUUGGAUAAUUUUGAUGCACAAGAUGAAGUUGGUGACGAUGAAUUUAUUGGAGAUGAAGAUAUGAACAUCGAUGGUGCUGCAGGGACAUCAGAAGAAAAGAGUUCGAGGAAAAACAAUAUGCAAGAAUAUUCAUGCAAGAAGUUUUGAAGAAAGAGAGGAGGUGACAUUUGAUAAAGGACAAGCAGUUGGACCAACUGACAAGAGAGUGUCUGAUUUGACCAACUUUUUAGGAACAACUGCAAGGAAUCCAAGAUUUAUCCCCUUGGUGCAUACUAGUUGGCAUGCUGUGUUAAAGGAUAUUAAGCAACGAAUAUGGGAAUAUGUCAAUGUAAGAAUAAUACAUUUUUCAUUGAUAUAUUUUUUGUAUUUUUCCUACUAAGAAAAGAUA